AUGAACUCCGAAUUAUUUCCGUCUGUUAUGGAACGUUUUAUUAGAUAUGGUGGGUCGUCCAAAGAAAAUCCCACUAUUUUAAUCAUGGACAAUCAUGAGAGCCACCUUGGGAGUAAAACUCUGAAUUUGGCUAAGGACAAUGGAGUCAUUCCAGUCACACAUCCACCACAUUGUAGUCAUAGACUGCAGCCACUGGACAUAUCAGUAUUUGCGCCAUUUAAGGCGAAUUAUAAUACUGCAGUUGUCUCUUGGCUUUUGCAUGAUCCGGGUAAUCCGUUAUCCAUUUACGAAAUUGCUGCUUGUGUUGGAAUAGCAUUCGAACGAUCUAUGACUCCGUCCAAUAUAAAAUCAGGCUUCAAGAAGGCCGGAAUUUAA